UGUUUUUGUUUUUCUGUUUCAACUUUUUUUUUUCAAAUUUGGGCCGUGGUAGAGCUUGACACAGUUUGUGCACCAGGCCACCUAAUUAUUGGGCUAGGACUUUCAUACCAUUGUCGAUUUGGGCUUAAUUCCCUAAACCUCAAGUUGUAAAGCUGAACAACUAGGGUUAGGGCACACGGUUCCUCAUUCAAACACUCUCAGAACCUGAGUGUGUGAUAGAGAGAGAAAAUCGAAUCACUGUAAAUCUACGAAGCUCCACACUUUACAGCAAGAAGUACUCAUCUCUACACUCUUCGCUUUGAUUGAUAGCAUAUCAUAUGUGUAUGUAUCUUCAAGAAAUGAGGACUAUUUAUAUCUGCAAAAGUCUCAUCUCACUUUCUCUGAAGAAUUCUUCACAUCUCAACAAAACCCCAAUCUCUAUUUUCUCUCUCCUCUUCUUCUCUUCCUCUCCAAAAAGCCCCAAUCCGGUAGCUGAUUACUUGAUUGAGAGACACAAAUUUUCUCCUGAAACUGCUUCGAAAGUCUCUUCCUCUCCAAGAAGCCCCAAUUUGAAAAGGCCUGAAAAGAUCGAUUCGAUUCUGUCAUUUCUCCAGGAAAGUGGUUUUUCGGAUACCAAUCUCGAGCGUGUCAUCAAACACGCGCCUCAACUUCUCUCUGCAAAUCUUGAGCUUUCCAUCAAACCCAAAUUCAAGUUUUUUCAAGACUUGGGUAUUUAUUCUAGCGAUAUUGUGCAAAUUGUUUCGUCUGACCCUCUGAUUCUAACUCGUAGCGUUGAUAAUCAGCUUGGCCCAUUGAUUUUAACAUUGAAGAGUCUUUUGGGUUCAAAUAUGGAUGAUGUGUCUAGGGUUUUGAAGAAAUCUGGACGGUUUUUGAGGUGUGAUUUGGCGAAAACUAUGAUACCCAAUAUUGAAUUUCUGAAGAGCUGUGGCAUUAGUUCGUCGCAAAUAACUCAAUGUGUCUAUAACACCCCAACAUUUUUCACGAAUAGACCGACGAGAGUUAGAGAACUAGUCAGGAGGGUUGAUGAGCUGGGCUUUGACAGGAACUCUAAGAUGUUUCUUCCUGCGAUUCGGGCUAUUAGUUCUAUGACUAUAGAGAAUUGGGAGUUGAAAUUGGAGGUCUUUAAGAGUUUGGGAUUUUCGGAAGAUGACAUUUUGUCAAUUUUUAGGAGACAACCUCAGUUAUUUUCUCUGUCGGUGAGGAAAAUUAAGGCAACAACACAGCUUUUACUUAGCUCAGGCAAAUGUGAUAUCUCAUAUGUUGUUAAAAACCCAGACUUACUUGGUCGCAGUAUUGAGAAUAGGCUUAAGCCACGGCUAAGAGUUCUGGAGGUUUUGGAAAGCAGGAAUUUGCUUCUUAAAAAGCCGAGUUUGGGGCAUGUAUGCAAGAUCACUGAUAAGAAGUUCUUUGAGAAAUAUGUACUCCCUUAUUCAGAUGAAGUUGGUGAAUUAUUCGUGGUUAACAAGGCGUCAUUGCAAGCAGAAAUAUGUGCUUAAGAUCAUGGCAUCGUUUGUGAUUUCAUGAUUUAAUACCUAGAGGCAGGCUGAGACUGAAUCUUUUUUCCAAAGGACUUUGCGGCAUAACAUGGCAGGUAAGUAGGUACUAGGUAUUCAUUACUUUUUUUUUUUUUUGUAUCCAUAUAGUGUACUACUUUGAAAAACAUGGAUUAAUUUUCCACCUGGCUGUCUCAUUUCAAAUGAGUUUAAUUGAACAUUUUCUUUUGUUUC